AUGUCUUUCAAGUUCGGCUUCACGCAUGACCCAGUGUUUCGAUGGUCUAACCCCAUCUAUGGAUACGCGAACUGUGUGCAGAAAUAUGAAAGGAUGGACAUCCUGUUUGCUUCGACUGAAGCUAUAGGGCCAGGGUUCCUGGAAGCCGCGUUGGUCAAUCUCUACAAAGGACGAAGUGGCUGCCACAACGAAAGGUUGGGAGGAGACACGUUGCCGAGCGAUGACUCUUUGGCUGGGCCGUACUUCACGUACGUUGUUUCCAGGUCUUUCAAGUAUCCGCCAUCGACGAAUAAGGGAUUGCCCCAGUUAUUGCCGAACUGA